UGUACAUUUAUGAAUAUGUUAUGUGGUUGCAACAUUAUAUACAGUCAACCUAUCAAUAUAUUAUGUCAAUCUUUCAUUAUACGAUGUGCAUUUGUUAUUAUACGAUGUGCAUCUGUUAUUAUACGAUGUGCAUCUAUUAUUAUACGAGGUGCAUCUAUUAUUAUACGAUGUGCAUCUAUUAUUAUACGACGUGCAUCUAUUAUUAUACGAUGUGCAAUUAUGAAUAUAUGAUGUGGUUGCAUCAUUAUAUACAGUCAACUUAUCAAUAUAUCAUGUCCAUCUUUCAUUAUACGAUGUGCAUCUGUUAUUAUAAGAUAUGCAUCUAUUAUUAUACGAUGUGCAUCUAUUAUUAUACGAUGUGCAUUUAUCAAUAUAUUAUGUGGUUGCAUCAUUAUAUACAGUCAACUUAUCAACAUAUUAUGUCAAUCUUUCAUUAUACGAUGUGCAUCUGUUAUUAUACGAUGUGCAUUUAUGAAUAUAUUAUGUGGUUGCAUCAUUAUAUUAUAUAAAACCAUCCUUAUAUAGAGUCAAAUAAUCGAUAUAUUAUGUAAAUGAGUCUUUAUAUGAUGUCCAUUUUUCUUUAAACAAUGUGAACCUAUGAAUAUACAUGUAUUAUAGGGAAACAUCUACACAUGUUUUCAAUUUCGUAGACGAAAAAACGUUAUUUUCCAACAGACAAUGGAAGAAAUUUUAGUUAAAUGUGGGUUUGGAACCUACCAAAUAAGGCUAUUUAGGGAGCAGAAGAUUACUCCAGAUAUUGUGCCGUUACUUUCACUUUAUGACUUUAAAUGUUUGGGUGUAACAGAAAGAUAUGAGAUCAUGAAACUGCGAGUGGAAUGUGUAACUUUCGGAAGACAUAUCAACAAACCAGUGCAGCGUGGUUUUAAGAUACCAAAAAUAACUAUUGAAAGUCUUCUAGAAUCUGGAUUUUCAAUUGUUAACAUCAGCCAACUUCUUGGUGUAUCGGAAAGCACAAUUUAUCGAAAUAUGCGACGACACGGAAUUUCAAAAUAUGCUUUCACCAGUAUUGAAGAUCAUCAGCUGGAUGUGGUCAUGGCAAAGAUCCUAGAAGAAUUUCCAAGGUGUGGAGAAAUGAUGUUGAGGAAUCUGCUAGGUGAAAAGGGUAUUAAGAUACAAAGAUUUCGUGUCAGAGAUGCUCUAAAACGAUUGGAUAGUGAUGGUGUACAAGAACGGAAGAGGAAGCGACUUAAACGGCGUGUUUAUUGUGUGCAAGGUCCAAAUGAACUGUGGCACAUUGACACAAACCAUAAAUUGAUCCGGUGGAACUUUAUAAUUUGCGGUGGUGUCGAUGGUUUCAGUCGUUUUAUAACUUUUUUGGUAUGUACGGAAAACAACAAAGCCACAACUAUAUUAGAUUGCUUCACCAGCGGUGUUCAAGAAUAUGGCACCCCGUUACGUGUGAGAUCAGAUAUGGGCAUGGAGAACUCUAAAGUGAUGGAGUAUAUGAAUAAUGUUCGGGGAACAAACUCAAUGUUGACCGGAAAAAGCACCCAUAAUCAAAGAAUUGAACGAUUAUGGAGAGACGUCUUCGAUGGAGUCCUCAGUUACUACUAUGACCUGUUUUAUUUUCUGGAAGACGAGAAUUUGCUUGAUGUACUGAAUGAGAAACAUUUGUAUGCAUUACAUCACGUCUAUUUAAGCAGUAUUAACAAACGUUUGCAUUUGUGGAGGUCUACAUGGAAUAGCCAUAGAAUUAGAACGGUAAAGUCAUCACCACUCAAACUCUUCACUGCUGGGAUGCUGAACAAUCCCCCUGCUGAGCCAGCGCUUGACAUUGGUAUUAGACAAAUAAAUGACUCAGACAGCGAGGUUGAUAGCCCAGAUGAGUACCACAUGAGCAGACCGUUAGUUAGGUUUCCUAAUUUGAAUUUAAGUGAAGAGUGUCUGUCCCAACUGGAUGAAGAAUGUCCACAGGACUGGACAUCAGACAACCACGGAAUCGACGUCUUAAUGAAGGCGACAACGAUCUUAAGUAGAUUUUAGAAUAUAUAUGUGGUAUUAACGAACGUUGGCAUUUGUGGCGGUCUCCAUGACAUAGCCAUACACAUUCGCACGGUCGAGUACAUUUUAAUAGUGUAUUAUGUAAUCAGUUUUACGAAUAAUGUUGGAUCAUAAGUAAACGGACAUGGUAAAAACAAUGCUAAUAACUUAUGACCUGCAGAUCUUACUUGUAGGAUUUUUGUUGUCUCGCCUCCAGAUAUGGUUAAAUGUAUGAAAAAUAAAGAAUGUUCUAAAUAAUUAUUGUAAAACUAUACAAAUUAAGCAAAAGUGUAUCUUAGAAAUUGAUCCAAACACAUAUAAUACCCCGAUUCUCUUUUAAUCAAGCGAUAGAAAUACUGAAUUAUGUCAAACUAUAUAUGGGUUCGUAUAUGUGGAACAAUAUUUAUGUUUUGUUAACAUAUAGAUGAACUGUUAUCUCAUUUGGAAUUUAAACAUUUCUCUGCUUAUCUUGAGACAUGCAUAUUAAAUGGUCAUUUCUGUU